AUGCCUUUUAUAGUUAUAACAGGAAUUCCUUGUAGUGGGAAAACGACCAGGAGUCUCGAAUUGAAAGCUUUUUUCGAAGAACAAGGCAAGGAAGUACAUGUAAUUAGCGAAUAUGACCAAAUUAUCAAAGCUGGAUUUGACAAAAACAGUUUCUAUGCAGAUGCAAACAAGGAAAAACAUAUCAGGGGCUUACUGAAAUCAGAAGUAUUGAAAUUAAUAUCUCCUACGAAUAUUGUGAUAUUAGAUGCAUUGAAUUACAUCAAAGGUUACAGAUAUGAAUUAUUCUGUGGAACAAAAGCCAAUAAAUGCACUCAGUGUACAGUUCACACAGAAAUUAAUAGAGAACAAGCAGCAACUUUCAAUGAAAAUAGGGAAAAAGAAAUAGAGAAAUAUGACAAAGCUACUUUUGAUGCACUUGUAAUGAGAUUCGAAGAACCAGAUGGUAAAAACAGAUGGGACUCACCACUGUUUAUGAUAUUUCCAGAACAGGAGCUGGACUUGAAUGGAAUAUAUGCCUGUUUAUUCAAAAAAAAUCUCCCGAAACCCAACAUGUCUACACAAAACCCACCUCUGAAAUCAACAAAUUUCCUGUAUGACUUAGAUCAGGUGACAAAAAAUAUUGUUGAGGAACUUAUUAAAGUUAAAAAUAGUGGAACAAGUGGUGAGGUGUCCUUACCAGGAUAUGAAGACCUGAGUGUUGAUGUGACAAACAUUAGUGUCUCUCAAUUAAUGAAUACCAGAAGACAGUAUAUUACUUAUACAAAAAUGCAUGCACCUGAUCCUAAGAAUAUUCCCAGAUUAUUUGUACAGUAUUUAACUGCUAGUUUACAAUAA